AUGUCUUCUCCCAUGAGAGCCUUGAUCGCCUCCGCCAUGUUGGCCAUGGCGAACGCUCAAGGUGUCAUUAUCAAAGCACAAGGCCCCAGCGGCCCAGCCGGUGCUGGCCUCCUAGUCGACCCCACAAAGGCAGACGCCAACAUCAUCAACCUGCAGGAGAUUACCCAAAACGUUGUCAACGAGUGCGGCCGCACCAUCCUCGCAGGCAACAUCGACAUUGGCGAGGCGACGGAGGAUCAGCUCGGCAACAAGACCGUCACCCAGGUCACCAAGGGCUCCAAUGUCGACAUCACCAUCGCACAAGUCAGCGGCGACGGUGCCGGCCCCUACACGUGCGAUCUUGACCCGACCAGCAACUCUAUCGGAGCCACUGGCCAGACCAAACUUGCCGUCAAGGAGGCCAAGGCGCAGAACGGUAACAUCAAGCUCACUGUCACGAUGCCCAAGGACCUGGCUUGCGUAGGAGCCUCCACUGGAAACGUCUGCACUGUCCGCUGCUUCAACUCCAACGCAAAGGGCCCCUUUGGCGGCUGUAUCGCCGUCCAGCAGACCGACGUCAAGCCCAAGAAGAACACCCCUGCCAACAUCCCAACUCAGCAGACCCUCGAUAAUGUUCUUACCCAGAUCCAGCAAAACACCAUCGACCUCCCUGCCGCCGUCCAGGCAAACCAGGACGCCCCCACCCAGAACGACCAGGGCGUUGUCGCCGUCAAGGAAAUCCUCGGCAACAACGCCACAUUGAAGGCUGCUGGCCCUGCCGAAGGCGGCAACCCCAACAAGGGUAACGGAAACCCCAACAAGGGCAACGGCAAGGGAGGUAACAAGGGAAACGCCGGCGGCAAGAACAACGGUAACGGCGCCGGCGCGGCCGCUGAUGGUAACAAGGGCAAAGGCAAUGCCCAGGCUGGCGCCAACGGACGUAACGGCCAGGCCCAGCAGAGCAACAAGGGCAACAAGGACAAAAACAACAACGACGACGACAACAACAAAAACAACAAGCGAGAACUCAAGGACACGUUCCGCUCGCGCCGUGCCCGCAGGAACGCCGUUCCCGCCGCCUGA